AUGGCCCAGUUACCAAUCUGGGGCUACUCAGUCUCAUUCGGUAUCUUUCAGGAAUAUUACUCUCGUCCAUCAAGUCCUAUUAGCAGGGAAUCUUCUGGUACCAUUGCAACAAUCGGGGCACUACAACAAGGCGUUAUGUAUCUGAUGAUGCCCUUCGCAUUCAUGGUUCUUACCAAGUACCCUCGUUUGCGUCAAUACUGUGGGCCUCUGGGUCUUCUCAUAACAACAGCUAGUCUUACAGCUUCAGCUUUCGUGGACACUGUCGGAGGACUCAUUGCAACUCAGGGUGCUUUGUACUCCAUUGGCUGUGGCCUCUUGUUCAGUCCAAUUUCGCAUUAUAUGAACGAGUGGUUCGUUGAGAGGAAGGGAAUGGCUCUCGGUGUUAUGUGGGCAGGUAAAUCGGCGACAGGUAUGAACAUCUUUUUCCUCGACCCUCAGAUUGGUGACUAA